AUGGCACACUCAUGGAUUAGGAUUCAUCGCUACUUGGUAAUAACAAUCUGUAUGCCUAAGAGAUACACAAGCAUAACAUCUAGCAGUAAGAGGCAAAGAACCCCAAGAUCUCACGGGAAAGGACACACCCCGGUAACUGGAAGAAACCUGUUGCAAUUCAUUCCAUUAAUGAGCGAAACGUUACCUAGGAUGAAAGAUUGUGUACACUAUGGUGCGACUAAGUUUUACUCUGAAACAAAGAAUUUUUGUUGCUCAAAUGGUCGUGUUGUUUUGGCUAACAACAAACUUCCAGAUAUCCUGAAACAACUUUUGACAUCAACAUCAGAAGAAGCAAAGGCAUUUAGAAUAUACAUCAGGACAUAUAACAACCUUUUUGCUUUUACUUCUCUAGGCGUAAAGUCAGAUACCACCCUUGCCAAGAGGAACAACGGCAUUUACACAUUUAGAGUGCAAGGUCAAGUUUACCAUUUCAUAAAUGAUUUGCAUCCAGAUGACGAUAGUGCCAAAAACCUUCAGCUUUAUUUCCAUGACAUCGAACAUGAAAUGCAAAACCGCAUGGCAUCCUGUGAAAGGCUAUCUGAACUAGCAAUUGGCAUAUGCGUGGAAGUGCUUCUGCAAAACCCUUAUGCUUGUGUGACACCCGGCAAAAAUCAAGGUCCGUUUAACUUAGUUAACCACACACAACCAACUCAUAAUGUAGUGUAUAUGGUUUAG